UCUCUCUUGCACACACACACACACACACACCAUGAUUUCCUCUCACACAUGUACAGUAAUAUAGAGCGGUGCAGGAGGGUAGGUUUAGUACAACUUGUGAUAGGACGUUGCAGGAGAGCACAGGGAGCUCACCGAGUGUUGUGAGGCAGACAGCAGAGGAGGAACAGAAAGGAAGUGAGACACACACUUCUCCAGCCGGUUCACGGAGCCGCAUACAGAGCACUGCGUGACAAACAAAAAAAACCAUUACCUAGCAAAACUGCUGAUCCAGCUGAAGUUGGCCUGCUUCUCCUCCCCAUUGUCUCCGGUGGUCUGGUCCGUUGGUUGCGUUGGGCUGUGGGGCGAAAGAGGAACCAUGGCUCAGGUGGUCAGACCUGUUUUCUGGCUGUGGUUGCUGAUGUGCUGCUGGAGUCUUGCCAUUGCAAGACCGGGAAAGAAAGGGAAAAAGGGGAAGCAGGUUGUGUGCCCAGCACAGCUGUCCGCAGAAGAGUUGGCCGGAGUUCCUGCAAAUUCUACAUCAAACAUCCUCAAUCGCCUAAUGGUCAGUUACGACCCAAGAAUCAGGCCUAAUUUCAAAGGCAUCCCAGUGGAAUCCAGAGUGAACAUCUUUAUAAACAGCUUUGGCUCAAUUCAGGAAACCACCAUGGACUAUAGAGUGAAUAUAUUUCUCCGUCAGAGGUGGAAUGAUCCCCGGUUGCGUCUUCCAACUGACUUCAAGAGUGACUCCUUAACUGUUGAUCCCAAGAUGUUUCAGUGUUUGUGGAAGCCUGAUCUUUUCUUUGCCAACGAGAAAAAUGCCAACUUCCAUGAUGUGACUCAGGACAACAUACUUCUAUUCAUAUUCAGAAAUGGAGACGUUUUGAUUAGUAUGAGGUUGUCUGUAACACUCUCUUGUCCUCUGGAUCUAAUGCUGUUCCCAAUGGAUACACAGAAAUGCAAAAUGCAGUUGGAGAGUUUUGGUUAUACGACAAGUGAUCUAGUUUUCAAGUGGCAGUCUGAUCCUGUUCAGAUGGAUGAAAUUGCAUUGCCACAGUUUGACAUCAAACAAGAAGAUAUUAGAUAUGGAAACUGCACAAAAUUCUACAAAGGAACAGGAUACUACACCUGUGUUGAGGUGAUCUUCACAUUGCGUCGGCAAGUUGGCUUUUAUUUGAUGGGUGUCUAUGCUCCCACUUUGUUAAUUGUCGUGUUGUCCUGGUUGUCAUUCUGGAUCAAUCCUGACGCCUCAGCCGCUAGGGUCCCAUUAGGUAUUUUAUCAGUGCUUUCUCUGUCCAGUGAAAGCAUGCUAUUGGCAUCAGAGCUCCCAAAGGUUUCCUAUGUAAAAGCCAUCGAUAUCUGGCUCAUCACAUGUCUGCUGUUUGGAUUUUCUUCACUUGUGGAAUACGCUGUGGUUCAGGUGAUGUUAAACAGUCCAAAAUUGAUUGAGGAGGAGAAAGCAAAAAUGGCAACAAAGGAAAAAGCUUUGAUUGAGAAAGAAGGAAAGAUGGCCCUUAAAGCUAAGAAUACAAUCAAUGGCACUGGUGGCACACCUAUACAUGUCAGCACACUUCAGGUGGUAGAAACUCGGAAGAAAGUUUGCACCUCCAAGUCUGACCUACGCGCCAACGACUUCAGUAUUGUGGGAUCUUUGCCCCGAGACUUUGAGCUUUCCAACUUUGACUGCUAUGGUAAACCUGUGGAGGUGCUGGGAGCCCUUGGUAAAUCAAAAAGCAAAGCCAACAAGAAACCCCCCCCACCCAAGCCUGUGAUUCCAGCCGCAGCAAAACGGGUUGAUCUUUAUGCACGAGCUCUCUUCCCCUUUUCAUUUCUGUUUUUUAAUGUUGUUUACUGGUCCGUCUAUCUUUAGAAGGAGGAUAUAUUGAUUUAGAAAUUUGUUCUGCUUGUUCUAUUAAUGAAGGAACAUCCCCUUUGGCUAUUCAAGAAAAUAAUAUGUUCCAUAGACAGUUUUACAAUUAUAUUUGUACAUAUAUUAUGAUAAUUCUACCUGCCAAACAUAAUAGUUCAUGAUUAAGAUGAAUGCUUUUAUCUAAUUGGGAAAGCUUUUUUAUCAAGGCAGGCAUGAACUAAUAUUUAAAUAAAAGAUAUAUACUAUAUACUCCCUAUAAUUAUGCAGAAAAUAAGACAGCAUUGUUGUUCUAGUCACCAGAAUGUACACAUAUGACAAAAAUGCAAAGCAAGUUAAAGUAUGUUGAGGUACAUAACUUAUUUUACCCCAAACCCUUUUGACCCUUUGUUACAUAUGUAUUCAUUAAACAGCUGUCAAUGUUGCAUGGGCACACAACACUAUUUAAACCUGUGAAGAUCUGUAAUGGUAAUGAUACAUUUGGUGUGUAUACAGCUGAUAAUAUUAGGAAAGCAAAUUUUGAUGAUGAUUGUGAGUAUAUUUUUUGCCGUAUCAUUCAAGGUGCAUUAGGUGAGAUUUGUGAGUUGUAAAGAAACAGCAGAAAAGAGAAUGGAGGAUUUUGAAAUUAAACUGAAAGGCAUCCCCUCCCCUUGCGUUUCCCCGCAUAUAAGAAGCGCUGCAUUUCACACACCGGUGAUGGACAGGUAAGAUGGAUUCCCCGAAUGAGCCACGGAAGAAAUCCCCUGAUUGGUCAGAAAUUAGCGUUGUAAGGCACCAGGCACAGUCAACUCAAGAUGGAUAUUCUCACAGCGCCCUUUAGUCAAUAAUAGCUGACGGCUGGUUAUUCCAUUUCUAAUUACAAUUAUAGCCCUUAAAACUUACAUACAGACAAUUUAAAUGGUCCCAUCUCGGAAAUCUCUAAUUGUUUGAAAUAUAUUGUGAAUAUUUUUUAUGCAUUCAAUUAAGGUUGUUUUAAAUAUCUUGUCCUUUUUUUAUAUUGUGGUGCAAUAUAAAAGUAAAAUAAAUAUGCAGCUAAGCUGGCCUAGUUGCCAGUGGCUUUCUCCAA